CCGCCCCCAGCCCAGAGCGCCCGCUGCGCGUGGCGCGGUCCGCGGGGUCCGCGCAGUCCCGCCGGCCCACGACGCGGGGAGGAUGGCGCUCGCGGAGUUGCGCUUGGUGCUGUUGCUCUUGGCCGGGGCCCUGACAGCCUCUGCGGACUCUCAGUUCGGGCAGCCUUCAGAGUACAGGACACCGAACUGCGCUCAGUAUAAGUUACCGGGCUGCCCCAGGGACUUCAACCCCGUGUGUGGAAGCGACAUGUCCACUUACCCCAACGAAUGCACCCUGUGCAUGAAAAUCAGGGAGGACGGCCAUGAUAUCAAAAUCAUCCGAAGUGAACCGUGCUGAGGGCUGUGUCCAGAAGAGAAGGGGGAGGCACCACCUUCCCUGCCCGCCAGAUGGACUUCAAUCCCCCACCUCCCCUUUGAGAUUGUUAACCCACGUGUUCUGAGAGGAGACGUGGGCGAGAGCCAUGUGUAGUGAUGGAGAAUUAAAAAAAGAUCCUUUGCCCCUGUAGUUGAACUUAUUACCUAGGUGACCCGUGCAUUGCUUUCUUUCCUUGUAAUAAA